CAUAACGACCUUUUUUCUCGGCUAUCAAAUUAUCCAAAAUCAGUUUCAGAUAUUUCCUCCCAAAUUCAACGAUUCUUGUACGUCUCUGCCUUCAAUUUCGCAUUUCAGUUUCAGUAAAGCUUGUAGUGGAAAAUGGAGAUUCAUGAUGUUUUGGGCGAUUCACGAUCUUUACAACUUGCGACCAAGAGUGCGAUAUAUGUUUGGGGUUAUAACCAAUGUGGGCAAACGGGUAGAAAGGGUAAAGAAUCCCAGUUGAGGAUCCCAAAGUGUUUGCCUCCCGAGCUUUUUGGGUGCCCUGCAGGAUUCAAUACUCGCUGGUUGGAUAUUGCCUGUGGUCGUGAGCAUACUGCGGCUGUGGCCUCAGACGGUUCACUUUUCACUUGGGGGGCAAAUGACUUUGGUCAGCUGGGGGAUGGAACUGAAGAAGGUAGGAAACAUCCACAAAAGGUAAAAUUAUUGCAGUCAGAAUUUGUGAAAUCUGUAUCUUGUGGAGCGCAUUGUACAGCUGUUAUUGCAGAACCUCGUGAAAAUGAUGGGACUAUCUCAACCAGUAGACUUUGGGUUUGGGGGCAAAAUCAGGGCUCAAAUUAUCCACGUUUAUAUUGGGGAGCCUUUACUCCAAACACGAUCAUCCGCCAAGUAUCUUGUGGGACAGUUCACGUGGUGGCUCUAUCCGAGAAUGGCUUACUUCAGGCAUGGGGCUACAAUGAGUAUGGUCAACUUGGCAGAGGUUUUACCUGUGAAGGGCUCCAGGGGGCUCGUGUUUUAAAUGCUUAUGCGAAAUUCCUUGAUGAAGCCCCUGAGCUUGUGAAGAUUAUUCGAGUGUCAUGCGGGGAGUACCACACAGCAGCUAUUUCAGAAAUUGGUGAUGUGUAUACAUGGGGUUUAGGAAAUAUGGGUCAACUUGGCCAUUGUUCCCUUCAAUCUGGAGAUAAAGAGCUGUUGCCCAGGCGAGUGGUUGCUCUUGAAGGGAUAAUGGUCAAGGAUAUUGCAUGUGGUGGUGUCCAUACAUGUGCUGUGACCAUAAAGGGGACUCUUUAUGCUUGGGGUGCUGGGCAGGCAGGGCAGUUAGGGCUGGGACCCCAGACUGGAUACUUCUCAUGCUCUCCCAAUGGUUCUGAUAUGUUCCUCCGUAAUAUUCCUGUGUUGGUUGUUCCAGAAGGUGUCCAACUUGUUGCAUGUGGACAUUCCCACACACUUGUCUCAAUGAGAGAUGGAAGGAUCCAUGGCUGGGGUUAUAAUAGCUACGGUCAGGCUGCUAAUGAGAGAUCUACCUAUGCUUGGUAUCCAUCACCUGUUGAUUGGUGUGUUGGAGAAAUGAGGAAACUGGCAGCUGGUGGUGGCCAUUCAGCUGUGUUGACUGAUGCAUGCUCCUUGAAAGAAUUAUGUGAAUUCAGGCUUGCAGACGAUGUUAAUCUAGAAAAUGCAUCCAAGAUUGAGGAUGUUGCAUCAAGAACAGGAUCAGAUGCAUUAGCACGUCUUUGCGAAAGAUUGAGGGAACAUUUGCUUGGUUUGGGUGAUAGUCAGUGUGAAGAGGAAGAGGUUGAUGAGGAACUGUGAAAGACGAAAUAUUGAAGAUUUGAGUUGUAUUAUCUGUGUGCAUUAAAAAAAUACCCUAUCAAUUCAUCAUUAUAUGUGAUCUUGAUUUGGGUCACACUAAAGUUGGACUGUUAUAUAGUUUGAUGAACAUUUAGUUAAGAAAGCAAUUAAGUGGAAUUUGACGUGCUUGUAUUUCUUCUUCAAGUCGAACUGUUAAGCCUUCUCGCUGAACAGUUCAACAUGGUGCCAGUUAGCUGUCAUUUCACUGAACAGAUGGUUUUAUAUGUAACAGAAUUUGCUUUCAACAUUUU